CUCAAUCUGACACAGGAGCUGCCUCUUAGAAAUCUUUCUAACAAGCUAAUAACAUCGCUUCACACGCGUCCAUCUAUCCGUAUUACGCACUUUGAUUUAAUUUCGCUUGGCUGACGCUGCGCCACCUCAUUUGGAUUAAUUUGGAGAAAAUCUGUCUCGAAGGCAUCUGGAACAAAUACAUCUAGGGAAAAAUGUGGUCAAAUUGCCGGAACAUUCAGCUUGGGUUUUAAAAGUUUUUAUUUUUUAUUUUUUUAAGAGAAGUUUUAAAGGGUCGGUCGUGUGUGAAGAAACUGCCUGUGGCGUCAAGAAACACGUGUCGGGUUGGCUGUGGUUGUCUCGGCCACUCCCGUCUCUCCUCACCUUCAUAAAUAUCGCGAGAGGCCGGAGGAGCGUCCCGUGUGCAAGUGAGGAGAGCGCUUAUUCCUGACAGAGGCUGCUCCAUAACUCCUGACUACCGAUUCCUGCACAAAAUGGACAUCAAAGUUGAUUCACUUCAACAGGUGGACCUAAGCCAGUCCAUUGAGGAUGAAAUGUCACAUAAAAUGGAUUUAGAAUCUGCACUGAAGGAAUGCUCGACCGCCUUAGAGCUUUUUCUGAACAACAGGUUUGCUGAUGCUUUGGCGCUCUUAAAACCCUGGAAGAAUCAGAGCAUGUAUCACGCAAUGGGUUACAGCAGCAUCUUGGUGAUGCAGGCAGGCAUGACUUUUGAUCCAAAGGACAUGGAUGCUGCCAUGACGUCACUGAGAGAAUCACUGCAGACGUGCGAAAGAUUUCGGAAGAAAACUGGAAUAAUGGAGACUUUAGCCAGCUUUUGGUACAGACAGCCAGCUGAGAGCCUGACAGAAGAAGAGAUGCACGCUGAGCUGUGCUAUGCCGAAGUUCUCCUGCAGAAAGCGGCUCUCACGUUCCUGGAUGAGAGUAUAAUUGGCUUCAUCAAAGGAGGGAUGAAAAUCCGAAACAGUUAUCAGAUAUACAAGGAAUGUCAGGCAAUGGCAAAUAUCACAAAAGAGAUGGAAAAUCAGAGGAGCACACACGUCCAUUUUGUGGGCGGCGUCAACAUGGGCAUUGGGUCAUUUAAUCUGAUGCUGUCCCUGCUCCCAUCCCGAGUCCUCAGACUGAUGGAGUUCUUGGGCUUCUCAGGAGACAGGGAAGUGGGUUUGUCAUCGCUGAGAGAGGGAGCAGCCAGCAACAGCCUGCGCUCCAUCCUCAGCACCCUGACGCUGCUCAUGUUUCAUCUCUACAUUACAGUGAUUCUGGGCACUGGUGACGGAAACCUUACUGAGGCUGAAACAUUGCUGCAGCCCUACACCGAAAAGUUCCCUAAUGGCGCCCUGAUGCUCUUCUACACCGCAAGGAUUGCUUUGCUCAAAGGAAACUUCACCUUUGCGGAGGAGAAGUUCCUGGCUUGUAUCGCAGCGCAGCAGGAGUGGCGUCAGAUUCACCACCUGUGUUACUGGGAGCUGAUGUGGGCCUACUCCUUCGAGCUAAAUUGGAGGGAGGCGUAUCGAUACGCUGACCUGCUCUGCAAAGAGAGCAAAUGGUCGCAGGCCAUCUACGUAUACCAGAAGGCUGCCAUCUUGAGCAUGUUGCCGGAGGAAGAAGUUACUCAACUGGGGGAAAAUGUGGCAGAAUUAUUCAGGCAGGUGGAUGGUUUCAGAAUAAGGAUUGCUGGGAAGUCAAUUCCAACAGAGAAGUUUGCAGCAAAGAAGGCACAGCGAUACUCUUCCUCUAACCCCGUGAAACUUGUGGUUCCGGCUCUGGAGAUGAUGUAUGUAUGGAAUGGUUUCACGGUAGUCGGCAAAAGGCCAGAGCUGACCGAAAGUAUCUUGAUCAUAUUAGAGGAGGCAGAGCAGCAGCUCAGACAGAAUCCAGACCCAUCAGAGUAUCACAUGGAUGACCUGUGUGUCAUCCAGCUGCUGAAAGGCCUGUGUCUAAGACAGCUGGGGCGUCUGGUCCAGGCGGAGCUCUGCUUCAAUCAUGUCCUUUCCAGUGAAAAUGAUAUCAAGCAUGACAGCUACCUGGUGCCGUUCACCAUGUACGAGCUGGGCCUGUUGCACAAGCAGAAAGGUGACAUCAACACGGCUAUCACCGUGAUCGAAAAUGCCAAGACGAACUACAAAGACUACAACAUGGAGUCGAGGCUUCACUUCCGCAUCCACGCGGCACUCAACACCAUGGGCUCUUUCGCGGCCAAACUUCCGCCUUCACGUACGCCUGCUUAAAGACUCAACAACCAGCACAGCACUAAACCCGACGCAAAUGGGCUGGUGCCAUCCAGGAUGGCUUCAAGCCCACCUCAAUUCACACCUGGCAUAAAAUGCAUCACAACAUGCAUUUUGAGUGAUUGGUCUCACUUCCUUAGUCUACGAACACAAACGGAUAACGUUAACUCCUCUCCAAAACAGCAAUAUCUUCACGGAAAACCACAGCCAACUCACCAAAUAGGCGUAGAUAUUUAAGAAUUUGUUGUAGAUGGCAUUUCACGAAGUUUAUACAGUUUCUCUGACACAACAAUCUCAAAAUUUAGGGAGUCUGGUGACUUUUUUUCUUUCAUGAAUUCAGUGUAAAUAGUGAAAUAAGUUGAAACUGUGUAUUCAGCUGCGUACACUACAGACGCGUCUUAAUUUAUUGUAUUCAAUUCACACUAAGUCACCAGUGACUGAGAAUUUGCAGUAGCGCUUGCACAAAGUGUGUUAUGUUGGUAUGUAUGGUUAUUUGGAAAAAGACAGUGUGGUCACAAAGACAUAUUGGGAGCGUUGACUUGCGAUUGGAUCUCUCAGGACGCACAAUGAUGCCAAAACAGGACCAAAGUCUCACAACCCCGUUCAGUGUUUUCAACUCUGACUACACUUGAAUUCCUCCAGGUGGCCAUCU